AUGCUGAACCCUAAAUCUGUUAUCUGCAAAGUUGAAUACGAAGAUGGUACAAGUUUUGAUGUCCCUUGCUGUAUGAAAAGUACCCUUAUUGAAGUGAAUGAGCAGCUUGUAAAAAAACCAGAGCUCCUAAAAGACAAGCCUGACGCUGACGGAUUUAUAGCAAUAAUGCUAUCCAGUAUUGCCAUAUCUGAUGCAACAAAGAAUGAACUUUUGACAUAUGAAGAUUAUAUUAAAGCUGUUAAUGACGGAAAUUAG